GGGGGGGCCGCCGGCUGCACCUCCCACCCUGUGUUUUCCCCCCCUCAUUUCGUUGCUCCUCCGUUUUCACAUCAGCCUCUGACACCGCUCCCGGGUGACGCCGCCACCACCGGCCCGCCAGGGGGGCGCUGUUGGCCGCCACCGUGCACCGUCGUCGUCGUCGCUCCCCCCACCUCACUCCGCCCUCGCGCGGUGCAGGUCGGGAGUUGUAGUCCCCGCCCGGCACGUGUGUGAGGGGAGGUCGGGCCCAGCCGCCGCCAUGCCCAAGGUGCGGGCCGGCAAGCGGCCGCGGCGGGAAGGUGGAGAGGGCCGCGCUACGGGCAUCCUUUUCAACACCGGGGCCGGUCAGCACAUCCUGAAGAACCCCCUCAUCGUCAACAGCAUCAUCGAGAAGGCCGCCCUACGACGCACAGAUGUCAUUCUGGAAGUAGGCCCGGGAACUGGUAACCUGACAGUAAAGAUGUUGGAGAAAGUAAAAAAAGUCAUUGCUUGUGAAAUUGACCCUAGACUUGUUGGAGAACUUCAGAAGAGAGUCCAGGGCACGUGUCUGGCAAACAAACUUGAAAUCAAGGUUGGAGAUGUCUUGAAAACAGAGUUACCAUUCUUUGACGCAUGUGUAGCUAACUUGCCUUAUCAGAUUUCUUCACCUUUUGUUUUCAAGUUGUUACUUCAUAGACCUUUUUUCAGGUGUGCAAUACUUAUGUUUCAAAGGGAAUUUGCACUUCGUUUGGUUGCCAAACCAGGAACUAAACUGUAUUGCAGACUCUCUAUUAAUACGCAGUUAUUAGCCCGAGUGGACCAUCUGAUGAAGGUUGGAAAGAACAACUUCAGGCCGCCUCCCAAAGUCGAAUCCAGUGUUGUCAGAAUAGAGCCAAAGAACCCACCACCCCCUAUCAACUUCCAGGAGUGGGAUGGUCUGGUAAGGAUAGCCUUUGUUAGGAAAAACAAGACACUCUCUGCAGCAUUUAAGUCAAGUGCUGUAGAGCAGUUGCUGGAUCAUAAUUACCGAAUUCAUUGUUCCUUACAUAAUACAGAAAUACCUGAAAACUUCAAAAUUGCAGAAAAAAUACAGACAGUCCUAAAAAAUACAGGUUACUCUGAUAAACGAGCCCGUUCAAUGGAUAUAGAUGAUUUCAUUAGCCUGCUGCACGGCUUCAAUUCAGAAGGCAUCCAUUUCUCAUAGAUUCCGCUAGAAGAAUGAGAGAUGUUCUGUGCUUUGCCACCGAAGUCUUACCUGAGACAGAGUGACUGCAAUGGGACAAUCUCUUCCUACACGGCGAUGAGCAGAAUACAGUGUGCACACUCUGGUGGUUAUUAAGACCUCACACGCAAUUGGUAUCACAGGUGGUAGGCAAGGUGCUGCUGCUCUGUGUUUUAAAAGUGAUAAAUUCUUUUAUGACGGAAGCACUGGACUUCCACACGACAGUGUAUUUUUAAAUAUACCCAAUAACAAGGAUGGAUGCUGCCAUAAUUGAAAUACAUGUUCUCCAAUCAUGGAUCUAAUCUCAGUAUAUUCUUGCACAGUACUCGACAGUACAACCCGUUAAGUCUGGUCUGGGCAACAAAACCAGAAUUGUAUUAAUUCCAUUUGUUUGCAAUUUUUGUUUUAAAGUGUAUUUAAACACUUUUGAUUUUAAA